AUGAAGAAUCUAGGUUUUCUCCUCUUUCUCUCUUCCCUCGCGGUGGCACAGGCGGUGGACAUUGGCUCUCGCAAAGUGGAAGAUACCGCAAGAGACAUCAUCAUCUCCUUAGCCAACACCAAAUUCCAAGAAUGGUCAGCUGCUUUCAUCUCUACCAAUGACAAGACUCUUGGAGAAGUUUUACGAGCCACACUCUUCAUUCCCAAUGCCUCAAGUUCCGCAACUGAGAAAUACAACGGUGAUCGACGAGUUGCUGCGUACCACGUCGUGCCGGAAAAAAUGGAGUUUAACGACCUUCUUGCCAAGAAGGAUAAAACUCGAGUGAGUACGCUUCUUGGAGGAUUCUCAAUUCUGGUUCGCAACACAUCCCAAGGUGGUUUAACUCUUGAUGGUGUGAAUCUAACAGAGCCUGACAUCUUUGUCAAUUCCUUCAUGGCCAUCCACCGUAUUUCACAUCCACUUGAUUUCACAAAAUACGGCACCAGCGACGUCGUCAAGCCAAAAUCACAACUUCCAUCUAAAGCAAAGUUGCCACCUAAAUCAGAGUUCUUAGCUUUUAUGGUCAUUUCAGCGCUCAUUUGCUUCACUAUCUGGUUUAUCCUCUCCCGCCGUUAA